AUGGCAGGUGCAUCAGUCGAGGCCGGAAGCGGUCUGGCCGCUCAGAUCCAAUCCGCCGUGCAGCCCAAACUUAUGGAGAAUGGAUGGGUGGUGGAGGAAAACGACACGACCCUCUCAGAGUAUGUCACAAUGAUGGUCGUCAACGGUAAGGACUUGCAAGGUGUCAUGAGCGAAUUGGGCGGAGAUCUCCUCGGUGUUGGUGAGGAUGAUGCCGCCGUGGGAGACUUUGCGCGAUGGUUGUUUGAGUAUGCGCGAACUCUGGCCGCACCGCAGGACCCGAACCCAGACCAGCAGCAAGGAGCACAGCAAGAAGCACCCUCCCACUCCGCACAGGAUGCUCAGAUGGAAGACAGCGCCAAUGCAGGCGACGCACCACCCACAGGCCCCAAAUCCAUGCGCAAUGGAAAUGGCCCGCGAGGAGGCCGUGGCGGACGCAUGCUCGGUCAGAUGAACCGCAACAUGGAUCGCACGGAAUUGCCCGAGAAUCUCCGCAAGAUCCGUGGUGCGGCAGGCAUUCAAUCCGGUCGCAUCAACUCCCACGCCGAUCGCACUCCUCGAGGCCCCCGAGGCAGCUCCAUGGCCAAUGGCAUUCAACGCGCCAUGAACGGCGGACGAGGCGGACACCACAACAAUAACAUGAACGGCGGCGGCAUGAUGACCAACACGCAGAUGAACCCACAACAGCAGAUGCAWUUGAUGCAGAUGAUGGAAAUGCAGGCAAACAUCCUCGCUCAGGCUAUGCAGGCGAAUGGCGGCGGUAUGCCAUUUAUGAACAACAACAACCGUGGAGGCUUCCAAAACGGCGGACGUGGUGGUAGAGGGAAUGCGCAAGGGAGAGGCGGCCGUCCCGCACCACCUGCACCGAAAGUGCUGCACGCAGAGAAUGGAAAGAUGCCGCUGGGUGCUCUUUCCUCUUCAAAACCCGUCGCUGCCAGCAACCCCGACAGCAUGGAUUUGGAUGAUGGUGCGAACCGUCCACAGCCCAAGUUCAGCACCAUGUGCCGCUUCAACCAAUCCUGCACAAACCCUUCGUGCGACUUUGCACAUCAAAACCCCACAUCCACCACGCUGGUGAAUGUCGACCUGAAUGAGACGUGCUCCUUCGGCGCAGGAUGUAAGAACUUCAAGUGCACAGCGAGACAUCCCUCCCCAGCACAAAGCGGAGCCUCUCAAGCGGGAGGAAUCCAGAUGGACUGCAAAUUCUGGCCACACUGCACAAACGCCUCGUGUCCAUUCCGACAUGGAUCUGCAGCACCGUGUAGGAACGGACCGGACUGCAAGGUCGAAGGCUGCACCUUUGCACACUCCAAGAUUGCCUGCAGAUUCCACCCCUGCACAAAUACCAGAUGUACCUUUAAGCAUGAGCCGGGUCAGAAAGCGGCGGCGAAGAAGUUUGAGGAUAAGGUGUGGAGUAAGGGAGCGUUUGAGACGGAAGAGGGAAAGGAAGAGUUGAUUCUCCCCGGUCAACAACAGCAACCGCAACCGCAGGAGAAUGGAGGGGUUGUCAAGGAAGAGACGAUGGAGACGGGGCAGACGGAAGGUGAUGUCGUUGCUUAG